CACUUCUCCCUCACUACCAGUCUGACUGCAGCAGGAAGAGCACACACACAGCACCACACUCUUGGAUUACACUCAUCCAUCACAGAAGGAAGUACAGUUUGAUUUCAGAGCAGCAGCGUUAAAGCCCCACAGAGCCCGGCAGCAUGGGGAGCAGCAUGUCAUGUGUCCCCCAGCACAACUUCAGAUACUCCAGCAAGAGUUUCCUACGCAGAAACAGCAGUCGCCUGUUUCGCAGAAAAAAUCCCCAGGAGGGACAGGAGAAGUCCAACAGCAUCAUCAACAUCUUGUGCACCGUCACCAAUGGGAAGGAAAUGUCCCAUAAAGAUCUGCAAACAAUAGACAAAAUAAAAUGGGAUCCCCCAUUCCCUUACGACCCGGCCAGCGGCUGGAAGAAGAGCAGCAUCAACGUGAAGAAUUACGGACGGAUGAUUCACAGCUCCAAAGUUCGUUUCCGCUUCGUCCACUGCCAGGAGAUACAUGAUUGCUACCUGGACCUCUUCCAGACACACCUCCAUUUUGUCUCCAACAACACAACCGGACUGACAUACCAGGGAACUCUUCCGUUGAAAGAACUCACCAUCUGCAACCUGCAACAGAACUGCAACCACAGCCAACCCCAGGAAUUCGCCUUUCAAAUAAACGGUGUCAGCCUCAACCCCAUCAUCGUCUACUGUGCCAACCAAGAAGAAAUGGACCUAUGGUUUGGCCUGCUCAAGGACAACAUUGAGGCCAAUGGCGGCACUCCUAUUGCACUCGAAACCUACACCAGAGUGAAAGUGAACCAGGACAAGACUUCUGAGGGCAGAGAGGAGCUGAGGAACUCCAUCAACAGAGAGCCUAUCUACGAGUGGGAGGGCUCUCAGCGGGACAGCCUGGGCACCAUCAGCUACGUCACCAAAGUCCGACUGCAGCACCUGCCCUGCCAGGAACAGAGCGACAGACUGCUGGUGAUGUACCCGUCAUCGCUGAUCAUCCUAUCAGAGGAGAACGAUGGACUCUUCUACAAGGGGAAACUUCCACUCAACAUGAUUACCGUGACCACUCCCUGCCAAGACGUCAAACCCAACACGUUUAUGAUCGAAGGAAAGCUGAUCAACCCCAUAGUGGUGUCGUGUCUGGAUAGGGCCGAGUUCUGCGACUGGAUCCAGCAUUUCAAAAGUGCUGACGUGCCCGUCCUCAGCCCCCCGCCCCCCGUGUAUGACAUCAUCUACACCCCGACGCACAGAGAGGCUCCACAGUUCGACAGGUGGAGUGGAAACAGCCACGGACGCUCCGAGUCUCUGAAGUUCAGCCAGUCACAGAGUGGAUGUGGGUCCCUCAACCUUCAGCUACCUAUUCACGAAGACAACCCUCUCUCCCCGGGAUACGCUGAACCCCUCUGUUACAGUUCCAGUCGUCCCUCCUCGACCGAGACCGCCCGCCUGGGCAGCCGGACCAACAGCGUGUCUUCCCACACCAGGCCCGAGCGCGACCUACGACCUUUGUCCCAGCGCUACUCCUCCCCCCAGCGCGGCUCCUACCUCCAGCCCUCCGACGGCUCGCUGCGCUCUCAGGUCUACAGCACGCCCUACUCGGCCCUGCAUCGGGUCAGCCCGCAGCGGCUGGAGAAAGCCCCGCUCGUCAAGUCCAACAGCUGGAGCACCCCUCAGACAUCCCUGAACUACUCCCUGAACGUCCCUCAGCGCCACUCGGACAUGUGCGCCCCCCGACAGCCCUUGUCGCCCCUGUACGAUGAGCCCUGCAGCCCCGAAGUCUACUCCCUGAACCAGGCCAGGCCAGCGCAGCAAAGCUGGCAAGAGCCAAUUCAGCACCACCACCACCACCACCACCAACACCAUCAGCAGCAGGGCCCCCAGGUCCUACCCUCCUCCUUCCAGCUCCGCACCCCUCCCAUGGGCAGGCGCUGCAGGAGAAGCCUGGUCCUGACCACCCCCCAGGGACAGACUCUGUGCCUGGAUGUGGACUCGCCUCAGAGCCAAGCAGAGCAGAGAGCCGAGGCCGUGUCCAGGCUAAAGCUGCUGCCCACGCCCGGCCAAGUGCAAGAGCAGAUUCUCCUCCCGUCGAGCUCCGCGAGGAACGCCUCUCAGAUGCCUUACGGUUACUCACCAGAUCACCACUCGUACCUUGAACCCACAGAGCCAGAUGACCAGGAAAUGGACUAUGACAACAUUUGGGAGUAUGACCGCGAUACGGGCAUGAUUCAGCCAACGUCUGGAAUUUCGAAACACUGGACGGGAUUAGACUUCGGGGCCAGGGGCCUCGGUGCCAUGGCGACCCAGCAGAGAUGGUCAUAAAACAAAACAAUAGCCCCGGCACUCGUCUGGACGUGUGCAAACAACAGAUCUCUAUCGGAAGGGAUAAUAAAGAGCCAACUAGCGCAGCCUGCGUUGCUCCUGCUGCAUACAGUACGAACCAACAUGAAUGCAUUGUUACAUGUUGGGUAGCGAAGCAGAGGAAGGACGAGGAACGGGCUAAAAACAACAACAUUACGACAGCAAUAACAGACAGUCUGUUUGAUAUGUAGCAUUCAAGAGAGAAGAGUGUAUAUACUGUGUUAUUUUUUUAACGUAUUAUAUAAUUGCACUAAAAGUUUCAUAUGUAGUGCUGUUGUUUUUUUAAUAUUUAAAGUAUUUUCUAACAUGCUGUCCAGUUUGUUCUGUUUCUAUUUAAAGCCAUAAACAACAUUCCAUCAGGGCUUGUUUUAGUAAAGGAUGUAUAUUUUUGUAAAUGUUGUAGAUUUAUUAUUUUAUUACGCUACAUUAUCAAGGCAAAUAGAUGUGGCUUCGAACCGACUGCCUUAACGGUGCUAAUAUUACUAGCACCACCACGGUACUGUACCGAUUACCUGUGUGGCUUCCUUUUUUCAUUUUUGUUUGAGGUGUUUAUUUAUAUUUGGAAAUAAAACUUGAUUAAGUUUA